AUGCCUUCAGAGCCUGGAAGCCAAGGUAUGAUAACAUCAUCCUUCUCAAUUCCCGAUUGCUGGCUUGAUGAUUACAAUCACGCACACCGACCACUCUUGCAAAUCGGUCCAUAUUUUAUUUUUCCCCCUUUAUCUUUUGGGGGGAAAUAAAUAGACACUGACCUGUAAAAUCAGGGUAUAAUUCCGGUUCCGAGGAUGUGGAGAGCCUGAUUGACCAGCUUCGCGGAGGUAUAUUGCUUAAUCAGAUCGCAUAAAUGCAGCCUGCUUACUUUGCCCAGCUGCUUCGAUUCGAAACUCCCUUUCGAAAAACCGGAUUGCGGGUGUGAUAGGUUCCAUAUCUCAGCACUCAACAGUUUGCGGCUUGGCCAAUGAUAGCCUAGAAGCUCUCAUUGAUGUCUUGGCCACCUCACCGUGCUAUCUCGACCAGUCCUCUGUGGGAAGCAUCUUCAAGAUAUUGUUUCCGAGGAGAAAAGUAUCCGAAAAUGUUGUAGUUAAGGUGGUUGGAAGCCUCGGCCAAGGGCAAAGCAAGCCUUCCCCCGCAACGCAGGUACCGCCCAUCAAUACAUAGCAUCCCCCCUUGGUUCAAACUGACCCGUAAAGGCUCUCUUGUUGCGUUGGCUGGUAAUGGUAUACGAUGUUUUGGAAUCCUAUGAUGUUCUCUCGCAGCUCUAUGGCGUCCUGUUCAAUCUCCUGGAUAUGAUCACCUUGAGGUACGUCUUUUUCCAAAGGAUGAAAAGUGGGGGGAAAGGAAAGCCACAGGUAAAGGAAGUUCUCACCUAACAAUCCUUAGGGGUCAUUUGUGCCAUAUUUUGUCCUCUCUUACACGGAGAAGACACGUCAAGCCUUUCCGUAUUCAGGCUUUGUAUGUUUUUGCUGUCCAAAUUUUCGGCAAUAUUGUGGCAGCCUUUCGGUGUUUAGGAUUCAUAGCUGACGUCAGUAGACUGGUGCUCAAACAGAACCUGGGGGAUGAACAGCCCUUGCUUGGCCUGCUCCAAGUUUACAAGGACUACUAUCCCGAUGUAAUUGUAGGAGAAACCGCCAUUGCUAGAGCUGGAGUUUUUUCCGUAACUACCACCCUCCCCGAACCGCAGUGCUGGGCACUUUUCUUUGCUCCUGCGUGACUGAUUGAAAUUUCGUGAAUGAUCAGCAUCCAAACAUAGAGUGGAUGCAGAAGCUUCUUCUAAUUCAAGAAUCGAGUGCGGACGAUUACUCUGGUCCAUCCGAUUCUCAAUCUUCAUUCAGGAUUGUGAGGAAGAUUGGCGGCCAGGCCAUGAAAAGGCAAAAGACAAACCAUAUUGUGAUACCGGAAGUUCACACAUUCCGCGCUGUUGAGGUAGGGUUCCCGUCUUUUGCGCAAUUAUAUCAAUGUACUCACUCAGCGAAUAGUCCUCGGUUACCUUGGAAGAAGUUGAGGAUGUGAGCGACUUUGUUAAAAAACUGGAUCGACUCGAGUUGCCAAAUCAGCUUGUUGCUGCGCUGGAGGAUCCAUUGCUUCGGAAAUUAAUAUCGUUGAAACCAUCAGGUGCCAAUUACCAUUACCCGCAGGGAGAUAUCGACCAGCAAUUUGACUAAUCGAUCCAAUAGAUGAGGCAAGCCUGAGGAUCAAUAAUUGGCUAGCGGCGCGUUUUUCCAUUGAGCUUCAUCCACCCCCGGUGUCAAAUCUAAGGAGCGUGGAUAGAACGGAGCAUUUCCUUUCUCGAGUUUUGGAGUACACUCGUUCCGCAAGGGUUCGAUGAGAUUACAAUCGAUAGACUAGAUUUUUACCGAGGGCUGAUAGUUAAAUCUUUGUGUAGCGUUUGUUACCUGCGGUUGAGGAUUUCCUGAAGAGGUACUUACGGACUUGGACCGGGAAUUCCCACACAAAGACCCUCCUGGGUCUCCUGUGUUUCCUUCCUAUUCGGGAGUUCGAAGGUAGGUUUCAGAAAGGCCCCUCCUGAUCAUUGCCUAACUUUUAUGCAGAGUUGCGCAGCAAUUUUUUUGCUCUGGUAGAUCGUCGGCUCAAAGAUCGCGGUGAGGCCUCAAUAGCAAAGCUAGUCGCCUUCUACACUGAACUCAUCCGUCAGUGGGCUAUCACGUACGGAAAUCAAGCCCAAGAACCUGAGUUCUCUCAGGAGGAGUCUCUAGCUUUGCGCAAACUUCUAAGUCAUGUAGGCCAGAUUUGCUUGGCCGGCCUUGCGGUAUUUUUCGCUUUACCCAAAACGCACUUGGUGCAUGCUAAGCUAAUUCGUAUCUUAGAACUUUCAGGGAUCGAACUUGAUAACCGAUGCGAUAUUAUGUUUCUAUGAAGGCACUUGUGCACCUCCAUGGGAAAACGGACUUUUCCGUAUAGUUCUACCGCCUGAUCAAGUGGUGUACUACUUCGUGUUCUCUGGCGAUGUUAUGACACUAUCAAGGAUCUGCGGCAUACUAUCCAGGUUUGGAUGUUCUCUCGCCUCACAGUGCAGCCCCGCAAACUGAUUACUAUCCAUCCAGAUAUAAGCGCGGGUUCGAGCUUUCACUCCGACAGGCCCAAUCCGGUCAUUCAAAUGGUGCGGGGGAAUACCCUCGAGAUUAUGUAAACCAUUUCAAUGGAUUUCUGAUGGACAUAUGCAACCUGGUCUGGAGAAAUCGUGCCUUCAAAUGCGGCGGAUCGGACUCAAAACAAGACCAGAACGCCCUAGGCUGCACACUCGCAAAGUAAGAGCCCCCCCCCCCCCCCCACUUCCCCACUUGUCAUCGCCCUUUUGGUGAGAAAAGUGCCCUGUGGUUUGAGUGGUGCCAGUCCGCUCCGACGCGGUUGGCGAAGUUGAGAUAUUAAUCAUCAGCAGCAAUGUCGUACUUUCGCUCCAGAGAGCAGUAGACGAGCGCGAGGAGUCCCUUCUUACCUUGUUCUCGCUCUCACAUUCUGCAGUUCUUGCGCAGUUCUCUGCAGAGUGUUUCCGGAUGUUGGAGAACAGCAAUGAUUCAGAAAUGAGGAGGACCCGACACGCUGGGCCGGUGACACAGAAGUCAUUGCAAUUACUUGCUACGGUACGUACUGCGCACGAAUUCCCUCAAAACCCGAUUCUCUAACCAAUAUACUGACCACUGGGUUUCCCCUUUCGUGUAACUGCAGAAUGGAGGACUAAAGAUAACUUAUUCGGACUUCCGGGUGGCAGUGCUGAGAGCUCUUGGCAAAAAGGGUUUGGGUGGGAUUUGGGAUUUUAUGCACAGUACAAUGAUAUCUUUGAUACAGUUAACAUCGGGAGCAGAUUCGUCUCGUGCUGCUUCAUAGGACUAGUUUAUUUUGGGGGGUAACACUUGUGUCACGAGGAUACGUAUAACUGCGGAGUUGAGAUGGAGAUGCGCUUGUGCGAUGGUGCUUUCUUGAGAGGGGAAGCGAGGCUUUCUUGUACGGGUACUAGGUACAAUGUGAUUGACGAGGAUUUGGGGCGGUGGCCCUAGCUUGGUGGAGACGGAAUGUGCUCAUCUGAUAUCGACCUCUUAGAGCUCGGUAACACUGACAUUUGACCCUGCACGGAGCCUCUCUCGGCUCUCGCCUUAGGCAAAUCCUGAUUCGUGUCGGUCUCGCCGAACAGUCACAAGGUGUUACGAGGGAACUAGAGAACGCCAUGAAGU